AUGAUAAAGGACUUUUUGCGAUUCAACGAACUUUUAAAAAUCAUACAUGAUUCUAUAACACUCCCAGUAUUUAUAUUUACAAACAAAGAAACAUUCUUUUUAUUUAUUGACUAUAGUUUGAGAAAAUCAAUUAAAACGACUAGCUUAGUCUUUUCUUCAUUUGUUAUGUCUUUUAUAACAGAUAUACAAGAAAAAAAUUUGGCACAUCGUUUGAGUUUAUUUUUGUUCUUUGUGAGUGAACAAACUUCUGCAAUAAACGAUUUUACAUAUUAUGAAAUGCAAGAAACAUCACGUAUUGCACUUAUUGCUCAAACAAAAAAUGGAAUAUAUCGUGUAUAUUAUAAUCAGGCAACUUCAAAUGGAAAUGGGAAGCUUGCGUUAGUAAAUUGGUACGAUUUCUUAAGUUCAGGAUUAUAUAAGGAACCUUUAUUACCUAGUCUUCAAACCGUUUUCAAGAAAAUGAAGUGGAAGGUUUUAAAUGUACCAGUAAUUCAUUCACCUCCCUGGUUAUUUGUGCAAUACCAAAAGAAUGACAGCAAGAAUGAAAAUACUUUAGAAUUUUAUCAAAAGGAAUCCAGUAAUGUAACAAAUGAUACAAGUUUUCAUGUAAAAGGUGGUCGCGAUGUUGCUCUUUUAAAUGUGAUAGCUCAAAAAAUGGAAUUUAAAAUACAUUUUAUUGAUCCUCCGGAAAGAAUACAAGGAUCUAUUAAUGGGACUUUACACAACAAUGUGUCUUUUAAUGGCGGUAUUGGAAUGAUUCAACGUAGAGAGGCAGAUAUAUUUCUAGGAGAUAUCCCUUUGUCUUGGGAACGUAGACAAGCGGUAGAAUUUACGUUUUUUACUCUGGCAGACUCUGGGGCCUUUGUUACACAUGCACCCCAAAAACUAAGUGAAGCACUUGUAUUAAUUCGACCAUUUUUGUGGGAAGUAUGGCCUGUUCUCGUGAUAACAGUUCUUUUAUCUGCACCGUCAUUGUAUUUAAUCAUUAUGAUUCCCAUUUUUAUAAAAAAACAACGUAUAUUGUAUCAAAAACAAAUCAAAUGUAGCAAACACGCUUACAAUCCGAAAAGAAAAACGAGGUCAUUCCAUUUUUACUACAUAAAAGAAAUCACAAUGAGUAGGACUUGGAAUUAUAAAAUAUCUGAUAGAAAAACCAGUAAUCCUGAAGGAUUAUUUAUGAAAAUAUCUUGGUUUUUGGUAAAAGUAUAUCUUAAGCAAUCUACAGAAUUUAACUUUCAAUCAAAUCAUUCAAGAUUUUUGGUUAUCACAAUAUGGUUAGGGGCAACAUAUGUUCUGGGAGAUAUGUACUUAGCACAACUGACAUCACAACUUGCUCGGCCAGCCAAAGAAAGUCCCAUAAAUAAUCUACUUAAAUUAGAGCAUUUGAUAAGAUUUAAAAACUAUCAACUAUACGUGGAAAGUGGGAGUGCUGCUCAAAAUAUCAUUGAGAAUGGUACAGGAAUGUUCGCUCGACUCCAUUCUCUUAUGAUGAACCAACCAUUUUAUUUAGUAAAUUCUGUUGAGGACGGUAUCGUAUCAAUUUUAAAUUACAGCUCCCGUGCAGUGAUGGGAGGACGAGAGACGUUAUAUUACAACACUAAACUUUUUGGCACUACCAAAUUUCAUAUAAGUGAAAAACUGUACACCAGGUACUCUGCAAUUGCCAUUCAAAACGGUUGUCUUUUUUUGGACAGUUUAAAUCUUAAUUUAAUGUAUCUCUUCGAAUCAGGCAUAUUAGAAAGAAUGACCAAUAUUGAAUACGAAAAAAUGAUUAACCAGCAAGGCAAACAUGAAGUGCCAGAUGAUGGAAAUACUAUUGCAUCAAAAAAUACGGCAAAUUAUAUAAAGUUACAAACAAAAACUCAAAAUGCAUUAAAAAGCUUGGAACCUCUUAGCAUUCCGAUGUUGAAAGGAGCAUUUUUCGUUUUACUUUGUGGUCAUUUUUUGGCAGCAUUAACUUUUUUAUUAGAGAAAGGAGAGCAUCGUAGUAGAUGUAUUGAAAGAAUUAUUCAGAGAUUAUCUAUUAAUUUACGAAAGUUUUACCGGGCAUUUCGAAAAUUUAACAUUUACGAUAUUUUGACUACUUUUUAUUAACAGAAACGU